AGAUUCAUUUAAUAGUCUUUUCAUUUAUGUCAAAAACAAACCGCAUCGGCUGGAUAAGUUGUGCGAAACCAAAGAUGGCGGCGAGGGCCCUGUUUCCUACUUCCGGUUUCGCUUUUUAUCCUAUUUUCUCCCCGCCCAUCCCCCAUCACGCGCGGCAGCCGUUGGGACCGGAAGUGACAGCUCGCGGCUUCCUGUCCCGUCCUGCGGUCCCGUCGCUUGCGCCGCACUUCGCUCGGACAUCGCUCCGCGGACUGGACCCGGGAGGAGAAGCUCGUGUGUUCGCGGCCCGUCGUCACGCUCCGGCGAGUUCGAGUCCCCACUUCCGGACACGAGCUGCGCGCGUUCCCGUGUUUCAGCCGUGGUCACGCAGACCUGCGAUAACUUUGGUCUCGCGCACUAUUAAACACUCGCGGACGGCGCGCGCUGCUGACCGCCGCAGAGCGCGCCGCGGGGCUUCCUGCCGGCUCGGCGCGCGUCGGGACUUUGUUUUAAAGGACGGUCCAACUUGUUCAAACUUCCAGGUGCCGCUGAGCUCGCGAUGGACCCCCGUGGAGCCGGUGAGCCGCCUGCGCGCGCCAGAAGACCCGGCGGUCCCUCCUCCGGGACGGUGGCCUCGAAGGGACACGCGGCGCAGCCCAGGUCUCCGCUGAACAUCACCCCCUUCCACCGCCCCGCCAGCCCCCACGGCGAGGCGGCUCCGGGGAGGCUGACUCCUCCUGGGAGCCGCUUUCUGGACACUCUGGGCCGGCUGUCCGGCCCCCAGGUGAGGGGGAGACCCCCCGCAGCGGGGAGCUCCGAGGAGGCUGCAGGGCCCCCCCCAGGAGAACAGGGAGGUCCAGGUGACGUCACGCUUCCAGCCAGGAAGUCCAGUAAAGACCUCCGUCCCGGCCGCGGCGCCACGGCCGGCCGAGCGGCCUCCAUCAAGCCUCAGUCCGCUGUGAAGAGGAGGAAGAGGAAGAUGGGAAUGUACAACCUGGUCCCCAAGAAGAAGGCCAGAGCCCUCAAGCAGCAGGACAAGAAAGAGGAACCGGGUCUGGAAGAGGCCCGACCCGCUGCAGACGGGGAGCCAGCGGUUCUGCCAGAGGCUCUAGCGGCCAGAGACCCUCCGGCCCCGGUGGAGCCGGAGCCCGACGGCGGCCCCGAGUACACCGAGCUGGCCCUGGAGCAGCUGCUGUCGCCUCCCUCCUCAGGUGGAGCAGCAGGUGCUGAGGUGACAGGAAGUGCCCUGGCCGAGGAGCUCCCGCUGUGCUGCUGUCGCAUGGAGACGCCUCGCAGCGGAGGCCCCGGGGCCUCGCUGGACCAGAGCUGCAUGGCCAUGGAGAGCACGGACGGAACGCUGAUUGGUUGCCACAGGCGAGUGAAGAAGCAGGAGAUGAUGCGCCCCUCCAACACGGUCCACCUGCUGGUUCUGUGUGAGGACCACCGGGCCGGCAUGGUGAAGCACCACUGCUGCCCCGGCUGUGGCCUCUUCUGCAGGGCGGGCUCCUUCAUGGAGUGCCGUCCGUACGGCAGCAUCUCCCACCGCUUCCACCGGGCCUGCGCCUCCAUCCUGAGGGACCUCCGGUUCUGCCCCCACUGCGGGGAGGACGCCAGCGGCGCCGUGGAGGUCACGGCGCCCCAGCCCGCCCCGGGGCCGCUCACCGCGGCCUCCGGGGCCACGCCGGCCGUCCCUCAGACGCUCAGAGCCAAGAAGAGCAGCGAGCCCCGGAGGAGCCGAGAGGAGAGCCCCAGCAGGGUGAAGAAGUCCCCAGCCACCACCACUGGCCGGCGAUGGGAUGCUACUUGUUCUGAUGCCGAGCGCAACACAUACGUGUGGGUCGAGAUGGCUGGUGCUUCGAUUGUCCGCUCGCCCAUGUGUGGUGGAAUGUGA